CCUUUCUUGUCAUCGUCGCCGGUGAUGACGUAUGAAUGUAGCGACUAAAGAGCUAACAUAGCUUGUGUUUAUUCUUCGCGGCUACUUUGUCAAAUAGCAACUAAAAUACUAACUAACUAACUAACCUAACUUCAGCAUUAUGGCCUUGGAAAGAGUCCCCAAGGACAUCCGACACCUACGAGCAUGUUUGCUGUGCUCUUUAGUCAAGACCAUCGACCAGUUCGAGUACGACGGCUGUGACAAUUGUGACCCUUACCUCCAGAUGAAGGGAAACCGAGAGAUGGUUUAUGAAUGCACCAGUUCUUCAUUUGACGGCGUGGUCGCCAUGAUGAGUCCAGACGACAGCUGGGUGGCGAAAUGGCAGAGAAUAGGCAACUUCGAGCCAGGAGUGUAUGCAGUGUCAGUCACUGGAAGACUACCUCCAGGUGUGGUGCGAGAACUGAAGAGCAGGAGAGUGAUCUACAAGUCCAGAGAUACAGCCGUCAAGUCCUGAACCGCCCUUGGCCUCAGUUUGUACUUCUCCUUUUAUUACACGUCUGUCCCGGUCCGAGGACUGCCCGUUGUGGUUCUCCUGCAUGAGAAGAAGAAUAAAGCUUUGACUUUGUAGACUGCAUGUGUCCCCAACAUGUGCAAUCAAAA